GAAAGAGCUGAACUGGAACCGUGAGCAAUGUGGGACUGCAUAGGCAGAUGGCACAGCGCUGAUAUUUGCGGACAACGGUAACAUACUAUGAGGCCUAAAGGUGCUACAUGAAUGGCCUGAGCGGCGUGGGCGAAGCCGGAGGCCGAACGAUGGCCGCGAGGCUGUCUUGCAGCCCGAGAGCUCCCUUGCUGGCACUGGUUUCUCUUGUAGCGUGUGUUGUGCUGACGUCUGUGUCGGGCGCAUCCAACUACACCGCGGUCAUAAAAUGCGCGGACUGCGCGAAGCUCUGGGAACUUCCGCGCCUGACUCAGGGCGAGGAGUUUGACAUGCUGAACGCGUACUCCGGGUUUAUGCAUGACGAAGUCAUCGUCUUGACUGAGGAGACGUCCGCGGACUUGCCAGUCGCGCAGCAAAUGUUCACCGAGGACACGCUUAUUACAGCGCCAACGGACACAAUGCAGACCGUGUUUCUGGGGCCGUAUCCCGCUGGUCUAAAGAUUAUGACAGGCGUCGGGUUGACGCUGCAAGGGGUGGAUGCACACAACGUUCUAGCCACGUUCAACAUGACCGGCGGUCCCAACGGAACUUGGUCCCUGUCAGUAGACUCCGUGGAGCAGCAGCCCGGGUCGUGGCUGCGGCUGGUGCGCAGCGAGCUGGUGCUGCUGGACUGCGCCGUGGCGCAGGCGCUGUGGCGGGCGGCGGGGCUGCCGGCGGCGCAGCGGCCCUGGGGCUGGAACAUGACGCAGCUGCUGGAGCCGGAAAUUGUGGUGCAGCACAUUCACCAGCCCGGGCUGCAUGUGGAGGGGGUUUACAUAUCCUGCAACCAGGUGUGUGACCCUGUCACGGGCGUGCGGACCAUGCCGGUGACAACGGCGUCGGAUCUCUACAGCGCGCUGGCUGUUGUGGAUGACAACAUAGACGGCUGCUCAGCCUACGUGAUUGAGCUGCAGCAGAGCCUUUCCUUGGCUGCCGGCCUCAUUCCGCCGCCGUCGGGGCCGCCGCCGCCGCCCGCGCUGGCCGGCAGCAUGAAUAGCACGUCGCACAACGCGCAGCUGCAUAGGCGCCUGCAACGCGGCACUGGGCGCCGGCGCGCCGACCGCUUUCAACCUCGCCGGUUGGACAACAGCGGGUCUGUCACUGGCGACGCGGAGGGCGGCUCCGGCACUGCACUUGGAGGCGGCUUUCGCCGCCGACUGCGGCACUUUCACUACGCGCACACGUUCAACGGGACGGUCCAUGUGCAGACCAACGUGACUUUCCGGGGUGUGGUGGCGAACUCAUCCGUCCGCUUCAACGUCUCCACCGCCGUCGUGCUGGACCUGUCCUACCUCAUGUCGGUGUUCGUGGUGUCGCCGCCCGCCGUGAUCAUGUUCAACAACGUCACGCUCAUCAACCUGGCGUCACCACUGACGGGCGUCCUGGCGCUGCCCAUGUACGUGGUGGACCUGGCGGCGCGCAUCAUCGCAGCCGACUUUGACGUGAUGGGCGUCCAUGUCAAUCUCACGUCCAUCGUGCUAAAGGACGCGGGCGUGGUGCUGACGCCGGAUGAGCUGGCGUACGAGACGACUUGGCUUCGGGCCUACCCGGACAACCCGCCUACGUUGUCGCUGCAGCAGAGGCUGUGGCUCAACAGCUCGGUCACAACCGCGCAGCUGGACCAAAUUACGUCGAACACCAUGAUUCUGUCUUUGUUUGCUGGCUGGGACAUUCGGGGGUACAACAUGCACAUCGUGAGCGUGCCGCCGCCGGGCCAAAAGCUCAUGGUGCCGGCCAUCGGCAUCGGGCUGGUGUCGCCCACGCCGCUGUCGCUGUACCCCCAGGUGGUGGCGCUCAACAGCAGCGAGGCGCUGGUGCUGGUGUGCAACUCCACUGCCGGCUUUGUCAUCUCGCCGGCCGCGAAGCCCGGCGGACAGCCGCUGCUAGACCCCUACGGCAACCCCAUGCCCAACUACUUCGCCUUCCCCGGCGCCGCCACCGCCGUGUGGGUAAACAUGCUGCCCAUCGGCACCACCUCGGCGCUGUAUGCCGUGAAGCCGCCGCGCGGCUCCACGGGCUUCGUGACCCUCCAACGCAGCGUCACGCUGGGGCCGCUCCUGGACCCAGUGACCGGCGGGCUGUCUUCCUUGCAGCAGGGCCUGCCGCCCGUUCUGGAUAUGGGCUCGCAGCGCGUCUCCUGGGGCGCCAUGGCCGACCCCAGCUACAGCCUGACGCUGCGCAACAUGACGAUUGUCGGGCUGAAUAGCCCCGAGCGCUGGCCGGCGCCCUACGUGGUGCGCUGCCUUGACCUGCCGCUGUGGGCUCUCAGCGUGAACCGCCUGCCUUCGCUUGGCGGCGAGGCGCCGCAGCUUAUCUUCAUGGGCACCAACGUGAGCGUGUCGACCCAGGAGCUGGAGUUCUGGGAUGCGUGCUACAAGAUGCUGACAUCGCCGGGCUCGCUUUCCAACAACCCGACUCUGGCGCCGGCCUGUGACGGCCUGGGACUCAAGUCCUUCCGUGCGGCGCGCCUGGACAAGCACAGCAUGCUGGUCACAUUGCUCGAGGGCAUGGGCAUGGUCGCGCGCGACGUUGUCCUGCGCGACGACAUCCGGCCCUACCAGCGCUACGACUUGGACGUCUUGCUGCCCGACGCGAUCCAGCCGCCGCCGCCGCCCAUGCUGCCCGGCGGCUACUUUGCAGCGGAAGCGCCGCCGGAGAGCAAGAAGUGGGUCACCCCGCUCGCCAUCGUUGUCUCCGUCGCCGGCGUCACAAUCCUGUUGCUGUUGGCGACGUACAUGAAGUACAGGCGCCGCGGCGGCCACGCCGCGCCGUACGUCAACGUGCACAUGAUGAGGAUGAUGGCGGACGGCUCGUCGCGUCCGUACCUUCUGCACAACAUCCGUGAGAAGAUGACGGACGAGGAGCAGGUCGCGCUCGAGCGGGAGCUUGAGAGGGAGCGAAUGAAGAACAUCGAGCGCGGCGAGAAGGAGCUGGCACUCGCUCGCAGCCGCUCCAAGGGUAGCAGCCGCGCCAGCAGCGCGGGGCGGCGGGCCGGCGGGCUCGGCGGCUCCGGCACUGGGCUGGACAACGCCGGGACCGGUAGCGCGGGGCCGGGCGGCAGUGGCGCGCCUACGACCAACACGGGCAGCAGCGGCGAUGGCCUUGGUGGAGCCGUGCGGAGCCUGCGGGCUCGGCUGGGGCUUGGCGGUGGUAACCAGGCGAGGCGCUCACGCUUCAGCAUGAAUGAAAGCACGGGUUACAUCGCAGCGGCGCAGGAGGGCACCACCGAUGACAUUCAUGGCGGCGGCCAAACCGGCACCGGACCAGAGGCGGUGGGCAUAGGGUUACUCCCCAGCCUGGCCGCGGCAGCUGCAGCGGGAGGCAUGGCCGGCACUGCAGCUGCAGGCUGGAACCAGGACCAACAGCAGCAGCAGCAGCAGCAGCAGCAGCAGCAGCAGGGCUGGGCCGGCGGGCAGGGACAGGGACAGGGACAGGGUGCGUAUGGCACCGGGGGUGCGCAGGGUGCAUCCGGCGCUUUUUGGGACUACACGCAGAACAACGCGCUGUACGGCGGCCCGUCUCCUGGGGAGCAAAACGUCGAGGGCGGUGCCAUGGCCUGGCAGGUUUCUCAGCAACAGCAGCAGCGGCAGCAUGACCAAUACCAGCAGCAACAGCAAGCCGUGUAUGGUCAGCAGCAGCAGCAGCAGCAGCAGCAGGCCAACGGGGAUGCCGCGGGGGUCAACGGAGCCGGGCCCGAUGCCACCGCCGCGGCGGUUGGCGAGGGCAUGAACCCCACCAUCGCAAUUCCUGCGGAGGCAGUGAGUGCGGUGCGGCAGGCGGCUGCAGCACCGCUGCUUGCCACUUCAUCGAUGCCAAUCGCAACCUCUGCCGUCGCUAAGCAGGAUUUGGCGGGCGCCCGCGGCUGCUUGUCGUCGGCGGCGGGCAAGCGUCGCAUCCUGGACGUCGCAUCGGCGCUAAACGGCACCGGCGGCGGCUUGGCUGAGGCGCCGUCCUGCGGCGGCAGCGCCACCACCACUGGCACUGAGGCCAUGCAGCACUUGUUUCAGACCACACAGACCGGCUUCAGCUCUCCAGCGGUCACGCCUGGAGUGGACGCCGACGGCUCCACAGGCGCCGCUACCGCUGGCGUCGGUGCCGCAGCGCGCCCCAGCAGCACGUCGACCGGCGGCCUUGCGCCCAGUCUGCAGCGCGCGAACCUGCAGAGCGGCAGUGCCCAGCAGGCCAGCGGGCACGGCAGCCCGCACGGCGGCACCCACCACCUGUACCCCUCCCCGCACGUGGGCGUGGGGUCGGGCUCACUCGCGCGCCAGAUUCCGUCCUCGCUGAUGCAGGCGAGGCCCACGGCGGACGACGCUCGCUCCUACGGCACGACAGGCACCGCCACGUCCAUCGCGCCCACAGAAGGCGGUGCAGCCCUGACGGAGGCGGAGGCCGGCCUUUCUGCUGGCGUCGUGGGACACAGCGGCGCGGCGUCGCCUGUCAACAACAGGGCGCUUACGGCGCCGCAGGUCGCUCGCAGCUCGUCCCACUACAGCAGCGGCAGCGCUAUGCUGGUGGACCCGCCCGCCAUCGGUGCCGGGUCUGGUGCGUCCUUCACCUCCACGCCCAUGCACAUGGUGCCCUUAGCCGACGCCGGUGUCGCCGGUGCAUCCGCCUCCUCCUCCUUACACGCUGGCGCAAGCACGCCCGUCGGCGGCGGCAGAGCUGGCGAGCAGCAGGCAGCUCCUAGCAGCGUGAGCCUGGUUGAUGGCGGCGGCAUGAUCUCCGUUGGCGCUGGUGCAGGCCCGCUUUGCUCAACCACGGGGGCCGCGCUGGCCGUCCACUCCGGCAACCGUGCCUCGAUGGAGGCCGCAGACGCGGUCCAUUCGGGCGGCGUUGCGGGCAACACCGCUCCUGUUCUCUCCGAAGUGUUGCCCUCAGCCCCGCUCUCGGGAUCGCGCCUGCCGCCGCCUACGGGGCCGGCGGCGCAGCCAUCGGCGUUGCCCUCAGGCACGCUGCGGCAUCAGGCCAGCGAGCCCAACUUUUUCUUGAUGGGAGGCGGCUGGUCCAGCAGCGGCCAGUCGAACAGGCGUGCGCUGGACAGCCCCGCCGCGGCGCAAUACCUGGCGGAGGCCGGCGGCCCGGUUGCGGCCCCGCACGUGGCGCGGCCGCUGGCGCGGCACGGCUCCAUCAACGGGCCGGGCAUGGCUUCGGCGUUGGCAGCGGGCGGCGGCUCUGGCAAUCUGCAGGACGCAAUGGCAGGCAGCAGCCUAAGGCCCGGCGGAAGCGGCCACCUGCUUGCUCGCGCCUCGCCAUCAUCGCCCUACCGCUCCGCGGGUGGCGCGCCGUCUGGGCUGCGCACCUCCGCGUUCAUGCCGACCGUGGCGGCGGCGGCGGCCGCGGCGGCCAUGUCCACCGUGCGGGGGCGUGGCAGCAGCGGCAACAUAACGCCGCCGCGCAAGCCGUCCAUAGAGGCGUACGAACCCGGGCCGCAGGCGAGCGUUGGCGGCUCCAGCCCGCGAGGUGGCAGUCGGCGGCCCGGCGGCGUCAUGCGCCUCAGCGAGGCUGAGAACCGCGGCCGCACCGACAGCUCGCGCAGCAUGGACGGCAGCGGCGGCGGCGCGGUCGGGGGCGGCGGCGCUUUAGCGGCUGGCGGCAAGGGCGACAAGGGCGACGCCCUGCCGCCCGCUCCGCCGUCCAACGAGUCGCUGAAGGCCAACCUGAGCAAGCUGCUGGUCGGCUCGCUGUCCACGCUGUUCUCCGUGGACGGGCUGGCGGGUGCAGUGCAGGCGUCCAAGACGGCAUCGCAGGCGGCCGGGGGCGCGGCCGGGGCCAGCGGCGGCAGCGUGACGGCCGGCUCGCAGUCGGGCGCGGCGCGGCGCGUGUCGGCGCUGCAGCUGGCGGAGAGCGGGCGCGGCGGUGGCGGCAGCAAUGGGCUUGCGCCUGCGGGCAGGAUGAGCAUGGCUGCCGGCGCGGGCGUGGGCGGUGCGGCUGGCUCUGCCAUGGCGACUGGCGGAGGCUUGGGCAUGGCAGGCCGGACUGCCGGGAUGGCUGCAAGUAACAUGACGCUGGGCGCGGCCCUGAGUGAGCUGACCGCGGAUAUGGAGAACCGUCUGAAUGAGAACCAGCUGGUGAUCCAGCAGGUGCUGGGCUCGGGCGCCUUCGGCACCGUGUACAAGGCGCUGUGGAAGGGGCUGCAGGUGGCGGUGAAGACCAUGACGCUGACGGCGGACGCCGUGACGCAGGGCCGCCAUGCCGCGCUGAUGGAGGCGGCGCUGUCAAAGUCCAUCUUCCACCCCAACGUGGUCACCACCUACACCUGCGAUCUGAAGCCUAUGCACGUGGACAGCCGGCGCGGCGGCGCAAUGACCGGCCUGCAGAUCAUGAACGAGACGCAGGUCAUCCAGGAAUGGCGCCUGUACAUUGUGCAGGAGUUCUGUGACGGCGGCUCACUCCGCCACGCCAUCCAGGCGCGCUCCUUCCUCAACACCAGCACCGGCGCGCCGCAAAUGGAGUGGGUCCUGCAGAUGGCGCGCGAGAUAGCCAGCGGCCUGCAGUAUCUGCACGAGCGAAACAUCAUCCACGGAGACCUGAACCCGGCCAACGUGCUUCUGAAGCGCGAGGAUGCCAGCGUGUUGGGCUACACAGCCAAGAUCGCGGACUUUGGCUUGUCCGUGCACAUGCACGCGGAGCAGAGUCACGUGUCAAACACCAAACGCGGCACACCCUUCUACACCGCCCCCGAGGUGACGAACGCCGGCAACCUGACGCGCUUUGCCGACGUCUUCUCCUACGGCGUGGUGCUGUGGGAGCUGUACUGCAGCCGCUGCGCCUGGACCUACGGCCCGCAAGGCCGCCUGGUGCACCAGCGCGGCUUCCCGCACCUGCCGCCCUCCUGCCCGCGCUCCUACGCGCAACUGGUCAGCAUCUGCAUGCAGCCGGCGCACAAGCAGCGACCCACCUUCAAGCAGAUCGGCAACAUGAUCGAUUCGAUGCUGCGUGAGUGUGAGCGCGCGUACGCGGCAACGGCAGGAUAUGUUAGUGGCGGCGGCGGAAACUGGUGGUCAUCUGGCGGUGGAGGCAUGCCGCCACAGCAACAGCAGCAGCAGAUGCUGAUGCAGGGCCCACCGCAGGGGCCGCCACAAGGCGCCGCCACGCAGGGCCAGUGGCAAGACGGGUCUGCGCAGAUGGGGCCCGGACUGGGGGCGCAGCAGGCGCCGGGCCCGUGGCAGAUGCACUCGCCCAUGCAGUCCCAGUCGCAGGUGCUGCCGCCGCUAACAGACGCAAUGCAGCCCGCGCGCUCGCCGUCUCCUUUCGGCCACGGCAUGGCCUACCGCAGCAGCGCCGCGUACAGCUCUAGUACCGACCUGGCGGCCGUGGAUUCGAGCCGCAGCCUGCCGGCCCCGCCGGACGGUAGCCAGCCCAACGCGUCCCCGCUGGCCUCCGGACCGCAGGCGCCGGUGGCGCGGUACGGCCCCCAAGCGUAUGACCGCACCAAUAGUCAGGGCUCCACGGGCGGCGGCCUGGUCGGCCGCGGCAGCCUGACGCCGCCGCAAACAGGCCAGCUAGACGGCGCGGGCAGCGCAGCCAACCCAGUGGCGGGCGCGGUCGCCGAGGCCAGCACAGCCGCGGUCGGGGUCGCGGACUAUCUCGGCAACCAGCGCUCGUCGGCGCAGUCGGAGCGCGGGCCGGGCAGUGGCGUGUCCACACCAGGCAGCGUGUCGCUUGCCGCCCCCAACUUCUCCCGAGGGCCCUCCGACUGGAGCAACCACAGUGCGGCGCCGCCGCCGAUCGAGCAGGUGGCCGCAGGCGGCAGCAGCGGCGGACCUCAGGGCGCCACUGCGGCAGGCGGCCGCAGUGCAAGCGCGAGCGCUGGCGGCAGUGGCUGUAGCAGCAGCAGCAGCGGCGGACUGCCGGCGGGGCCGGCUGCCACUACGCGCGCGGUCAGUGUCACGGCGCGGAGCCCAUUCGCGGUUGCAGCGCCUGGCACUGGCCUGCCUCGCGCGGUGUCACCGCAGCUCUCACGCUUGUCCAACGCAUCCGAGGUUGGCAGCAGCUCUCUCCCCAUGCCACCAACGCUGCCAGCGGGCAGCGCUGUGGCGGCAGCAAACAAAGGCAGCGGCGGUGCAACUGGCACCGUGUUUCUGCAGCGCAUGGGCAGCAGCGGCGGCGCCGGCGCCAGCGCGGCGGCGGUGGCCGCGGCCACAGCAGCCGCGGCAGCCACGGUCACAGCCGCCGCAGCUGCGCUGGCGACGGGUCAAUCUGGCGGCCCAUUGGCUUGCCAUGAUGCGUCGCCCGGGACGAGCGCUGAGAUUGCUGCCGGGGACUAUAAGGAAGCAGCCAUGGUGGCUCCAGCCGUCCUAGAUGUGGGGCGCCGCGCUUCUGCCGAGCUCGGCACGCUGCAAGCCGCGGCCCACCAGCCCAGUGACGCCGGUGUAUCGGAGGGGGGCCUUGUAAUUGUUGGCCUGGACCACGGUGGCAUGGGCGGCGCUGUGCCGAACGCCGCGGCCGCCGCGGCCGCCGCCGCCGCCGCCGCAGCGAGUGGCGGCGGCGCUGGCAGCUCUGGUGACGGCAGCGGCGGCGGCGGUUUGACGGGCGUGAUGCGCGGCUUUGAGAUUCCGGCGGAGGUGCCGCGCUUCGGCCGGCCUGACCUGCCGACGGUGAUGGAGACAGAGGACGGCGAUGGCGAGGCCACCACGCAGGACACCCUGCUUCAGGAGCCCAGCGGCGGAUCCGACCCGGCCGCGCGGCCGUCAGAAGACGCAGCCAACCUGUCCAGCGGCCUGCCCAGCUCCCGGCUUGGUUCAUCGCCUGGCCACGGUCACAGCCACGCACACGGCGACAGCCACGGCCACGGUCAGGCGAAGGACGCAACGGCGGCAGCGCCAGCGGCGCCGCCGCCGCUUAAUGUCAGUGUUGGCUCGACCAGCAGUGGCACGCGAGCCACCAUUGCCGUGGCGCUGGCAGCGGGCAGCGCCUCGGGCAACGCAGGUACCACCUCGCGCUACCAGCCUCCCGACCUGUCCACUGUGCUGGAGACGGAUGAGGGCAGCGCGAUGUCAGACACGCGCGGCUCACGCCUGCCGUCAUCGGCCGCCGCACACGGCACCGCUGCCAACGGCGCCGCCGGCGCCGCCGGCGGCAGCUGCAGUAGCCCCUCGGCGCAUGGCUGCGUCAUGGACAGAAUGACGGCGUUGGCGCUGGCAGAGGUGCUGCCGGCGUCCGAAAGCGGCUCGCAUGCGGCUUCGCUCAACGCCUCCACCGCAGCCGCGCCGCACGUGGUCGCAGCGGCUGGGCUGGGCAGCAGCGAAGGCGCCGCCGGCAGCGUCGGCCUGGAGGAUGGCCGCGUGGCUGCGGGAUCGGCGGAAGCAACGGGCGAAACAGCGAGGGACCGAGGGGUGACGGGGGGCGGAACCGAACCUGGCUCGGGCCAGGGAAAUGAGCUCGGCGCUGUGGCCGCAAUGGCGGUGGCGGUGGCAGUGCCGGUGUUCGCUCGCACCUCAAUCCCGCCACCGACUCCCGUCGGCGCAGCCGCUAGUGCGGUCAGCGCCGGUGUCGACGGCGCCCUGCCUCCCGAGUUUGGCCGAGCGUCCGUGGGCCCCAAUAGCCCGGCAUCGCCGCUGGCUCAGGCGCAGUUUGCGCGCGGUUCAAUGACGGCAUCAACGCCUGCCGGCGGCAGCCCGGCUGGGGCAAGGCCCCUCGCACCGGCCUUUGGGCGGGCGUCGUUGGCGCCUGACAGCCCCGCGGCGCCGCCCGCUCCGCCGAACUUUGCCCGGGAGUCGGCGGCUCCCACGUCGCCGGACGGCGUCGGGCUAGCAGCGACGCAGGACUCUGCAGCAUAUGCCGCGGCCGCGGCGCCGGCCUUUGCGCGCCCGAGCCUCGGCCUCUCUCCCAGUGACAUUGUCGGAGACGCCACCGCAACCAUGCUGCCCCCGCCUCCGCCGUCACACCUGCGCGCACCCUACGCGCAGCCACUCCCGUACGGAAUGCGUCCGCCGCAGCUGCAGGGGCCCGCAGCGCCGCCGACCACCCCUGCCUCCGCCACCGCGGCAGGCGCGGCUGGCAUGGCGGCAGGCGCGGGCUCGCCCUUUGCGCGACCGUCACUGGGCGCUGCCGGCUUCUCUGUCAUGCCGCCGGCAAUGCCGGCCGCGUCGUCGUCAGCCGCCAAGUUCAUUCGCGCGAGCGUCGGCGUGUCGCAAAGCGAGGCGCUGCAGGACGGGGGGUACGGCCAGCUGCCGCCGUUGCCAACGGCGGCGGCGGCGAUUGGGAUGCAGGCGCCGAUGGCCAUGCCCCAGCAAGCGCCCGGCACCAACCCCUUCUCGAGGCCGAGCUGGGCCACAAUCAAGCGCAACGCCGCCGCAGCCGGGCUGCCGCCGACCGGGGGCGCGCCCGGCCCGUCGCUUGCGUCGAUGGCGGCUGCGCCGCCGCCGCCGCCGGCAGCCGCUGCUGCUGCUGUGGCAGACCCAGCUGGCAACCGCUUCGUCCGCGCAAGCAUGGGCGUCCAGCAGACGGCGGCACUGGCGGAGGCCGCGGCCGCGGGGGCACAGGCGCCGUACGGGAGCCUCGUGGCAGGCGGUGGCCCCUUCGCCCGCGCUAGCAUGGGCGGCGUGGCCAUCGCGUACCCCUCGGCAGGCCCUACAGCUGCCGCCCCCGCGGGUGCACCGCCCUUCGUCCGCCCCAGCAUGAACGCUCCACCCGGCGGAAUGCCACCACCACCACCGCCGCCGCCGCCGCUUGGCAUGCCAGGCCCGUUCCCGGGUGCAGGCGCCACCGUCGGGCCUUUCCCGCGGCCAAGCACCGGCUCGGGGCCGGUGGUCAUGCCGCCGCCGCCUGCGCGCGGCCCUGUCGCGGCUCCCUUCGCCCGGCCUAGCCUCGGCGGCACGAUGGGCGCGCCUCCAGGGCCCCUUGUAGCUGCGACUGGUGCCGCGCCCGCGGGCGUUGGUGCUGGGCCGUUUGUGCGGCCAAGUUAUGGCAGCCCCGGCGGCCCGGCGGGCCCGGCGGGUCAGGUGCCAGCUGCUGGUGGCGGUGCUGCCGGCGGCUUGAACCCAUUUGUUCGCCCCAGCUUUGGCAGCCCCGGCGGCCCGGCAGGCCCUGUUGGCGGAGUGACGAUGGCGCCACCCGGCGGCGCCGCGCCCUUCGUCCGGCCCAGCUUUGGAUCCGGAGCGCCGCAGCUGCCCGCCCACGCCCAGGGCCUGCCGUCGGUGCUGGUGGGUGCCGAGCUUGCUGCGCUGCCCUCCAUGCAUGCCAUGCACACCAGCGGCACGGCGGCGCACGGAUAUGGGCAGCAGCUGUCCCAGCAGCCGCCACAGCAGCCGCCACAGCAGCCUCCACAGCAGCCACCACAACAGCCACAGCCGCAGGCCAUGUGGUCUUCUGUACCGACGCCGGCAGCCGCUCCAGUCGCAAUGUCGACGGCGGCAACCGCCGCCACCCCAGGGGACAUUGCAGACGCUGCGCUGCCUCGUGCCGCCGCAGGCCCCAACGCGGCCGCUGCCGCGCCCGCGCCGGUCCGCGCCUCCAUCCCCGCAAGCUCAGAGCUUGUCGACGACAGCAACAGGGACGACGACGCUAGCGCCCAAUUCGCCAUGAGCAGAAGCGACAACAGCCUCACCACACCCACCAGCCCCGCAGGCAGCGCCAGCCCCGUCGGACCUUCGGCGCUGCACCAAGCCGCCGCCGCCGCGGCCCUGACGGCGGCGGCGGCCGAGCCGCUGGAGCCGCCGCGCCUGCUGCCGCCGGGCUCCGGCUCCGCCGCCGCGCUGGCGCCAGGCGCCGUGGUGCAGCUCGGCGGCGCGCGCGUCUCCUCGGGACUGUCCGCGGGAGGUAGCACGCGUGGCCCCCGCUCGCUCGUGGCCCCGCCUGACGUCUUCGGCUCGCCGGUGUUUGCCACCGGUCUAGCGCUGGAGGCAUCUAGCUCGCUGGCAGGGGGCAACGCCAGCCUCAGCAGCGCUGUGGUGGGCAGCCUCAGCGGCGGUCUGGCAAGCGCCGCCGGCAACAACAGCAGCAACAGCCUGAUGGGAGCCGCGGUAAGCACCGCCGGCGGCGGCACGGAGCUGUCGCUUGCGGCGCUGGUGGCGGCGGAGGUCAGCCGCACGGGCGUCGACGUGACGUUUGGAAGCACCAUGGAAAGCAGCGGCCAGUCUGCCGGCAGUGGCCGGGUCCUGGACGCCGUGCUGAGGGGCGGCGGCCCCAUGCCGGCGCUCCGCGGCGCCGUGCCACAGCCCACGCCCGCCGCGCAGCAGCAGCAAGGGCAGGUGCCGAUGGGUGUGCCGAUACCCCAGAUGCAGAUGCAGAUGCAGCCGCCACCCGGCGCCGUGCGCAUGCCGGGCUUUGGAAGCGUGGGUGGAGGAAGCGGUGGAGGCGGCGGCAUGCGCACUGGCCCGUUCAUGCACCGAAGCCGCACCGGCGUGCAGCGCCGCGCGUCUUUCGACCAUGCCAGCUUCCGCUUCUCCGCAAAUGGCACCAUGAUGCCUGUGAUGCCGGGCGCUGACGGCCAGCCGAUGAGCCCACGGCAGCUGCACCUGCAGUGGCAGAGCAACGCGGCCUUGGGCAACAACGGCGGCGUCGUCCCCGCCAAUGACUGGACGGCUCCGCACUACAGCGCGGGCGGCGCCGCCAGCGCCAACAUCCUCGGCGGCGGCGGAGGGGGUGGCCAUGGCAACUUCGGGCGCAUGAGCGCGAGCGGCGUGCAGUCGUACACGUCAAUGCCGUUGUACGGCAGUUUCAGUGGCGUGGGCGCAGGCAACGGCUACGGCAUGAGCCGCUUCGCGGCUGGAGGUGGUGGCGGCGGCGGCGGCGGCAGCGGCCCUCGCAGCUUCCAUAUGUCUCCCCGUCGCCAUUCGUUUCACAUGCAGCAACAGCAGGCCGCAGCCUACUUUGGGCAGCAGCAGCAGCAGCAGCAGCAGCAGGCGCUGGGCAUGGCGCCGCAGAUGCCAGCGGCUGGAUUUGACGGCGGCGGCGGCAUGGCUGGCAUGGGCAUGUACUCCCAGCAGCAGCAGCAGCAGCUACAGCUACAGCCGAUGCCGAUGGCGUGGGGCGGCCAGGGCGGUGCGGUGUACGGCGUGAUGGGGCCGCAGAGCGCGGCGGCUGUUCCCGGUGCCGGCGGCCCCAGCACGAUCCCCGGGUCCGCGCCGGUGGCUGCGGCGCCCCGCUUUCAGCGUGACAGCAUCCGCACCCUGGAAGCCUCGGCGCGCUCGGGCGCCGCCACAGGCGGCCCCGACGGCCCGCUGUCCGGGGCCCCGCACGGCGCUUUCGGCAGCGUCGGCGACUCCAAGCACUCCGGCUUCCUGCGUGUCCUCAAAGACGCCGUCGGCGGCUUCCGCCGCCUGUCGCUUGCGCGCAUUGAAGCCGAGGGUGGCGGCGGCGGCGGCGGUGCUGCCGCCGCCGGCAGUUCGGCGGCAUUGAUGUCGCAAAGCACCGCCAGCGGGCCCAGCGGCGGCCGCGGUCUGCCUUCCGGGACCUCGGGUGGGCCGACCGGCUCCUCCACCGUUCCGCCCUCAUUCGGGCGCUCGGCCCUGCCGCUGGCGGAAAUUGAGGCGGCCUUGGCGGAGGACGUUGCCAUCAGCGGCGUCAGUGGCGGCGCUGACGCCGUCGGCGGCGGCGUGCUGAAGGCACCGCAGGCGGCGCCGCCAGGCUCCAUGUACGACCCGUUUGCGGCGGCGCCGCCACUGCUGGGAGUGCCGUACGAGCUGAAUGAGGCGGGCAUUAGUAACGGCGGCGGCGGCAUGAGCGGCCGUGUGCUGGCGGUGCAUACUCUCGGCGGCCACGGCCACGGCCACGGCGUGCACGGCAUUGGCGGCCAUGGCGGCGGCAACCCGUUCGACAUGCCGCAGGGCGACAGCUUGGACGAGGCGCUGAGGCUGGCCAAGACCAGUCUGUCCACCGUGCUUGAGUCCAAUGCCACCUUCAGCCGCACCUGCAGCAUCGCGCCCAGCAGCCAAAGCUCAAUGGUCGCCAGCGGCACCAUGGUCGGCGCCGCUCCCGGCGAGCCGGGCGCACCCAGUACCGGCGCAACAACGCCCGGCCGCUUCCACCGCCGCAGUGCCGCCGCCACGACAGGCAGCGCCGGGGCUGCUGGUGCCACGCCAGCUGCUGCUGGCGCCGGCGCUGGUGGUGCGAAGCGAUCCCCCAGCCGCAGCCGCGGCGCCAGUCUGGGCCGGCGCUCUCGCGGCUCACUGACAGGGCUGGUGGAAGAGGCGCACGGGGAGUCGGGGGCGGAGUCGGGCCCAGACGCAGCAGCCAAGCGCUCGGGAGAAGCGGCUGGGUCGCGCAAGGGGCUGGCGGGCAAGAGCAAGCACAAGCCGCAGUUGCUGCUCGACGGCGAGGGCAUUUGAAUGAAUAGAGGGAGUGGAAAGGACACGGGACAGAUGGUACGGUAGUUUCGCAGCAUGCCCGCGCCAGCGGACGUGUAAGGGGGGUUUGGAUUGAGUUCGGGGGUUCUGAAGUCACUGCGUCCCUGGGCAGGUGUGCACGGGACCCUGGGCAGGCGUGCAGGGGUCCCAUGGGCAAGGAAGUGGGCCGGUUGGCGGGAUUGACCAACUAGACCAAGGUAACCGCGUUGGCUCGUUGAAGAUUGUACGAAUGACUAAUGCUGAAAGGCAGGAUGUUGCGUUCUGUACAAGCCAACAUGGAGACGUAGAAAGUAUUGCGUAAGCCGUUGCGUCCGUUCAUGUGUCGUCGGUGUGCGGUGAAUGCGGAGACGCGGAGGAUGCACUGUUCUCGUAAUACAUAUGCAUCCUGGGAUAUGGUACGGCGCUAUGUAUGUGUAUGUGACAAGGAGGGACGAAAUGCUGAAACCAAGCGCGCUCAGGUACUAUAAAUGGGCUAGACGAGUGGUAUUAGUACACCAGGAGGAUAUGGGACUGUGUUUCUUCGCGCGAGUCAAGCCACGCUGUGGCUCCGGUCUGCUUAAAUAUCGGCCAGGAUGCCCUGUUCUCGUAUGCAUGUAUAUGUUUCUCUAGUAACGACGCUUGCGGCCUGUGCACCUGGAUACCUUGCUUCCCGAAAAGGGCGGGAGCUGUCGCGGGCCUGUUUCACGGCACAGACUAAAGGGCUAAAGGGCAAGGGCGCACCAAAAAUGAGACAAAAGAGCCGUAAACCCGAACAGGGACGUCCUCGUCCAGUGCUAAAUCGACCCUAAGAAGCAUUUGCAGUAAUGAUACAACGAUUUGGGCAUUAGAUUUCAUAGCACGGCGAUGGGCCGCUUACUCGCGUU